AUGGCACACGAGAUAAUGCCAGGCUCUUUCCCAGCUAUACAGCCGAUAGAACAUACCACGAGAAACCCAGCCUUUGCGCCAGCAACCAUCCGACCUCCCAAGACGUCGCAAUUACAACAAGCUCUUGGUUCUCCCACUCCGCCUCGUUCUCUGAUGAAAGCCUCGCAAUCGCGCACUUCAGAGCGCGAUCUUGAGGAUCAACAAGAUGAGAAACAACAAACAGGGAUCUCGAUGCGGUCCAUGCUGGCGGUGGUCAUGCUACCUCAAGAAUGGCAACAGCUUGGAGUCAAAUUGUGCGUUCUGUCAUCACUCCUGCUCCACGUGGGCCUUCUCUUGGGGUUCCAAAUCGCGGCCAACAAGACCGGCGAGUCCACCAUGACCAUUCUCAUGUUCGUCAUGACUCUUCUCAGCGGGCUGCUCGCCAUGGUCAUCAUACUCGCGGUCGAGGCUGCCACGCGGGGCAAGAAGAGGCUGGUCGCUCUGUAUCCAAUCUUGGGCGCCAUGACGGGGGCGCUGCUGUGGCUGCCUAUAGGAGGCGUGGAACCGGCGCAGCAACGUGCUGUCCCGCACGAGCAGUGGCUGCACUGGAUGUUCUUGUGUGCGUGGCUUGGGUUUGCGGCCGAGUUUGUGUUCUGCUGUUGGCGCAUGCUGUUUCGGGAGGUGCUGUUCCAGUAUCUGUGUACUACAGCACGGUUCUCAUGA